UCUGGCAAAAGCUUGAGGAGGAGAACCAAGAGUUUUUCAAAGCAUAUCAUCUUAGACUGAUCCUUAAAAACCAAAUAAUUGUCUUCAAUAACCUUCUUGAGAAACAGGUUGAGCUUAUGCGGAAAGCAUGCCUUCCAGGAGAUGUUGUCUUACCCUUUACCAAUGGCUCUAAUUCUCUAGCUUCUCAUCAAACUCCAUCGUGCUAUUUGUCUCAACCUGCAUCCACUUUUUCAAGGCCAGAUUCCAUGCCUUUCAAUGGCGAUUUUUCAAGUGCUCUUGUAAAUGCUGGGCCUUUGGGGCAACCUGAAAACUGUCUGGGCAAUGAUCCAUCAAUUCUCGUUGGGAGCAUGAAUGCAUCUACAAGUGUGUUUUCGUCACAUAAAGAUCGCAUUGGGAGGAUUCCAGAUAUGAAUGGGAUGACAGUAAAGCCAGAGCCAAUCUAUUCAAUUGAUGAAUUUCCCUUUGGUAAUGAUAAUGGCAUCUUCGAACCACAACCACUCGCAGAUGCUUCAGUUGGAUCCUUUAGUAGCUCAGAGUUGACUGAACAGCAUAUACACAAUUCUCUCCUUGAUGUGGAUACAUCUUCACUUGGGUUUAGUCAGAUGCCCAGAAACUUCAGCUUUUUAGAUCUAACAGAUGUCUUCAAUAAUUGCGCUGAUAUAUUAGAGAAUUACUCAACGUCUCCUUAUAUUCCAGCCGAUUCAAAUAAUUUUUCAAGUUCUCCAUCAAGGGAAUUUAAAGACUCCGGUGGGCUCGACACCAAAUCUGAAGGAGUCAAUUUUGAGGACUUUUUUUAACUGACUGACCGAAUGCCAUGUGCCAUCGUCCAAGGCAUCAUUGAAGUUGACUAGCUCUAAUGCCUCCGCUGUUAAAUGCAUCCUACUCUGCUUCUGCUGCUACUGCUACUGCUACUUGAAGAAUCCUUCAAACAUAUCUAUGUAUCUAAGAACAUAUAUAUCAAUGCAUAAACGUUUUCUAUUAUAUUUAUCUCUACAUCCGUUGUAAUGUUUGUCUGGACACACUUUCUCUGCUGUGGCACUGUCUUUGGAGAGCACAGCAACAGUGAGAAUGGCAGCACCAACGUGGUACUGCCCGUAGGAUCUCAUUAAAAAGCCUGUUCUGUAUCUUAGCCAAGACAGGCGAUCCAGGCCUGUCUUUUAUGGGCGGGGCACACGAUGCUCUACCACGAGGAAUGGCUGGUCCAACCAACCGUCGAGUUCCGACGAUAUAAUGGGGGAUUCAUUGCGACCGCCGCCGGCUCCGCUUCCUCCUCCUUCAACUCCGUCUCGAUCGGGGCUUCUUCCCAUAAGGGGCAAAAAGGGGAGAGGAAGAAGAUGAAGGCCACGGUGAAGGGCCGGUACGAGGUCAACAAGAGUGCCGCCUCCGCCACCCUCGCUCUCCACGCCGGCGACGCCCGCCUUAAGGCCUCCGUUACAGAGGCCACAUUCGCCAACGGCCCGUCCCUCGAAGACCUCGUCCUCUCCCUCGAGAAGCACGGCGCCUUCAUCCUCGACUACAACGUCGCCGACAAGGAUGUGAGGUUUCAGUUCAUGAACUCGUUCAAGGCGGCGGAUAAGACCAUUAAUUUGACCUACACGCACGCCAGAGCGGCCAACCGAACCGUGGUGGAUGGGUCGUUGCUGUUCGAUCCGGCGAACAAGGUUUCGUUGUGCUAUGCGUUCGGGUCGGGGAACUGCAAGGUGAGGUAUUGGUACGCCCACGGGGAGCUUAAGAGGACGGUGCUCGAGCCUUGCUAUGAUGUGUCGAAGAACGCUUGGGAUUUUGCCUUGACGAGGAAGUUCAAAGGCGGUGACUCCCUGAAAGCGAUUUACCAUACGACAACUAAGAAUCUUGGAUUGGAGUGGAACAGGGAUUCCCAGGAGAAAGGCUGCUUCAAGAUAUCAGCAUCGUUCAAUCUGGCAGAGAAGCAGGGGACUCCCACACUGAUGGUGGAGAGUACCUGGAAUUAUGAAAUAUGAGCAUGCAGGAGGAGUGAUCUAUUGAGUGGUAAAUUAUGUUAGUUUUUUAUCCAAUCAUUUUCAUCUGUACGUGCACUUUUAUCUCAAUCAAUUCAGAGGGAGCAAAUCAUGAGACCGUGUUUGUC